AUGAUCCGACAGGGUGACACGGCGACAACUCUCAGAGGAGAGGAGUCGUCAGCAAGAGCCAGUGAUUUUGACAAGUCUACACGAAAGCUGAAACGCGCUGACGAGGUGGCCACAACUCCGCAAGGACAACGGACGAAUACCUUUACCUUGCUGAAUAUGGAUGACCACCAAGAUCCUCCUAUGACCCUUGAUGGACGAUGCUUUGCGAAUGCCGCCUCGAUUCGACGAAGACUGACCAUGGUCUACGAAAAGAAACAUGACGGUCCACUGGCAUUCAGGCUCUGGUACGAGCUACAAGGGAGCCCCUGUGGUGUCAGUAAGCGGUUCUGGAAGCUAGGCGAGCAAAACGGGCGGAUACCCGACGGCCUUUGCCGCCUCUACUUCCUCAAUGUCGCACCACGAACUGGCCAAUCAGGUGUGAGACUAUAUACGGUUGUGACCGUAUCCCAAGACGAACACGAGGAUCCAUUCCCUGUCGACAUACCUGUAUCGGGAAACAUCUCCUGCUGUCAGCAGUCAUGUAGGAACGUGCAGACGCACCUCAGAGGACUGUGGGCCUCUCAGCCAUGGGAGAUCCUGUCCAUGCAGCCGCUUGGCGAACAGGCCAACAAUACCCACCUGGUCGAUGGACCUUUUAACGACGACACGCUUUCACCAUAUGAGAAUACCCUCUAUGUUUGGGUUAUUCCCAAAAUUUCUCCCGGACCGAAUGUCACUUGA